UAAAGCUAAAAGAAAUCAAAUUUAGUAAACAAGCAUAUACAACUAUACAAGUACAUAAUACUCCGUAGCAUGCAAUAUAUUUUUGUAUUUUUUGUCUAAUAUGGGAAUUGAAUGGUGAUUGAGUCAUUGACUAUGUCAAAGAUGUUAAACUAUUGAUUUAAAAAAUAAAAUGUUAGAAGAUUGUAUUCAUUGACAACCCUUAACCAUCAUAUAUUUGCUAAUUAAAUCCCAAACAUAGUUCACAAGAUUUCUAUCUAAAAAAAGCCAUCAUCAACCCAAAAAAAUUGGCUAAAAUUUUGGACAUUUGCCUUAGUUUACCAUUACCAUUCAUCAAAAAUACACAAAACAACAACGAACCAACAUUUCUCAAAGCAAAAAACACCUCCGAUUUUCAAGAGUGAGAAGAAAAGAAAAAAAAAAAACAGCAAAAAUCUCCUUUUACUUUGAUGUUUUUGAACAACUUUCCUAGAAUUUCUCUUGCUUUUGUUCUGUUUUUUUUCUCCUAGUCUACCCCUUUACACCCUCCUGGGUUAGGAGGAAUGAUGUUGGACAAGAAAAAAAAACCACUUACCCUUCAUUCCUCCACCCAAACAUCCUUACCAAUCUCUUCUAUGACAAUAUUCGCGCUCCUCCCCCUCGUUCUUCUCCUCUCCCUUCCCAUCUCCACCCUCGCGACCCCUGCAACUACCUUCAGCCCAAAAGAUAACUUCUACAUUGCUUGUGGAAGCAACGAAAAGAUAAGCACCUCUGAUGGAAAAACGUAUGAAUCUGACCAAGAUGCUCAUGGGUUCCUUUCGGCGGAGGACAAAUACCUUGUUUCUGACCCUAAUGCAAAUGUACCUUCUAAGAUAUAUUCUUCUGCUAGAGUUUUCUUAAAGGAUGCAACCUACACGUUUACAUUGCAGGACUCGGGUUGGCAUUGGGUUCGCCUUCAUUUCCUCCCUAUUAAGACCGAUGUUUUCAAGCUUGAGUCGGCUAGUUUUAAUGUUUAUACCAAUGAAGUCACCCUUCUUCAUAGUUUUAGUGCCACCAAUCUCACAAUGAAGGAGUAUCUCAUCCAUGUUAAGUCCCAAAGGUUUUCUAUUAGGUUUGAGCCUCAGAAAAACUCGGCUGCUUUCAUCAAUGCCAUUGAGGUGUCUACCGCGCCAGAUAAGUUGAUUGGUGAUUCAGGCCAAUCUUUGUCUCCGGUGGGUCAGUUUAAUGGUCUGAGUCAUAGCUCACUCGAAACCAUGUAUCGAGUCAAUGUAGGUGGAAGCCUAAUAACAGCUGAUAAUGACACCCUUGGUAGAACAUGGGUCCAAGAUGAUGGGUAUAUCAAGAACAAAAAUAUGGCUAAAGAUGUCAAUGUUCAAACCAAUAUCAUCAAGUACCCUGACGGAGUCACCCCUUACAUAGCGCCGCAAACGGUGUAUGCCUCUGCAGCUGAAAUGGCUGAUGCUAACACCAUGGAGCAGAGCUUCAACGUUUCGUGGGAGUUUCCGGUUGAGAAGUCUUACGAUUACUUAGUAAGGCUACAUUUUUGUGACAUUGUUAGUACAGCCCUUAAUGACUUGUAUUUCAAUGUCUACAUUAAUGGGAAACCAGCUAUUUCUGCGUUGGAUUUAUCUUCAAUUACGGGUAAAUUAGCCACCCCAAACUUCCAAGACAUUGUUGUUGAUUCUUCUUUGGUAGAUCAAGAUAAAGUCUCGGUUCAAAUUGGACCGUCAACACUUGAUUCCGGUGCUAAAAACGCUAUCCUCAAUGGGGUCGAGGUGUUCAAGAUGAACAACACGGUAAGUAGUUUGGAUGGGGAGUUUGGUCCGGAUGGAAAAGCUGCUACGGAUGGCAAACAUAAGAAAACAGUUGCUGCAGUCGGGUUUGCUAUGAUGUUUGGAGCGUUUGUCGGGUUGGGAGCGAUGGUGAUCAAGUGGCAUAAGAGGCCUCAGGAUUGGCAAAGGAGAAACAGCUUCUCCUCCUGGCUACUUCCUCUUCAUGCAGGGGACUCAACUGUCUUUGGUAAGAGUAAUUAUGGGUCUAAUAAAAGUAGUAUCUUCACCACUGGUGGCCUUGGCCGUAGGUUCACCUUCGACGAGAUCAAGGAAUCCACCAAAAACUUUGCAGCCAGUGGUGUCAUUGGUGUUGGUGGAUUUGGUAAUGUCUACAUUGGAACGUUGGAUGGCACCCAGGUAGCAGUCAAGCGAGGCAACCCUCAUUCAGAGCAGGGUAUCAACGAAUUCAUGACCGAAAUACAGAUGCUGUCCAAGCUUCGCCACAAGCAUUUGGUGUCUUUGAUAGGGUAUUGUGAUGAGAAUAGUGAGAUGAUCCUGGUGUACGAGUACAUGUCCAAUGGACCUUUACGCGACCACCUCUAUGGAAAGAACUUGCCUCCAUUAUCUUGGAAGCAAAGACUCGAGAUCAGCAUUGGAGCAGCUCGUGGACUACACUACCUCCACACAGGAUCUGCCCAAGGAAUCAUCCACAGAGAUGUCAAGACAACAAACAUUCUCCUUGACGAAAACUUUGUCGCAAAGAUGGCAGACUUCGGACUAUCCAAGGAUGGUCCAGGCCAACAAGCAGACCAUGUCAGCACAGCAGUAAAGGGUAGUUUCGGGUAUCUUGAUCCAGAGUAUUUCAGGAAACAGCAGCUUACUGACAAGUCAGAUGUGUACUCAUUCGGAGUAGUCUUGCUCGAGGUUUUAUGUGCUCGUCCUGCCAUCAACCCGGCCCUAUCUAGAGAACAAGUGAACCUUGCAGAAUGGGCAAUGAAUUGCAAGAGGAAGGGAAUGCUGGAAAAAAUCCUCGAUCCUGUCUUAGUUGGAUCGAUAAACCCAGAAUCGAUGAAGAAAUUUGCUGAGGCAGCUGAGAAAUGUUUGGCUGAGUAUGGGUGUGACAGGCCUACAAUGGGUGAUGUGCUAUGGAACCUGGAGUACGCGUUGCAAAUUCAAGAGGCAUCGGCGCAAGGAAAGACAGAAGAUGCUUCUACAAACCUAAACUCUACUGCAGCUUCUGCACCUGUGGCAGUGGAACCAAACGCUAUCAUUCCUGAGCAGACACAAGCCAUCGAUGAACGAUCUGGAACUGCUCUACUUGCCCAAUUUAGCAACCUCAGUGGAAGAUGAAAAACAAAAUUAAGAAAAAAAUCUAUUAAUUUUUGGAAAAUUGCAAAUCAAUGCUCAUAAACAGAUGCUUUCAAUGGUGAUAAUGGAGGUGGCUUUGUUUUUUCGCUGUGUUUUCUCAGUAUGUCAAAACAAUUCAAUGGUGUUAUUUAGUGAUGUUAUAGCAUGUUCUUGUCUAGAAUGAUUAUUUCUCUCAAGCUCUGGCGCGCAGUGUAAACUUACUUGCAGAUAAUAACUUAUUAAUGUUUGUGUUGUCUUCAUAAAUUCAUGUAUAUAUAUGUCAGAGAUGAGAGGCAAUAGAAAUUUUUUUACUUAGAAGAUUUCCAUGUAAACUAGUAGUAUCAUUUUUUCAACUGAAUUUACUUUUUGAUUUCUUAAUACUACUUAGGUAAUUACUUCAGAUAGAUUAAAUCAGUACAGCAACUCUAAUAAUAAAACUGUCCAUAUUGCAAAACUUCAAUUAGAAUUCAAAAAUCGCACAUCCACCACUUAAUUUGAAAAGAUGCACAAUAAUAGACAUGAAGUACAAAGUAGAACACUUAUAGCUUAUCAGAUUUAAGUGAUUUAUGAUUGCUGUGAGUUUCUGUGAAAGAUUAUGUCAUUUCAGACGGUAUACAUCAUAAUUAUAUCCUUAUGUUCUUUUACGAAAAUACAAAAAAAAAUUGUAAGAUUACAGCUUGAGUACCGUAUACCAUACCAGCGUUUGAUCUAUUGGUCCAAUGUCAGUUUAUAGUCAUACUUAACGAACAAAAUCUAAAACCUUGAGGCAUUUUGAUCUAUUGGACCAAUAUCAGUUUAAAGUCAGAAUAGCUAAUUAAUUAACUUAAUACAUUACAAGUAUAUACUCGAAUACAUACUAAUUGAAGAUUUCUUACUUACCGGCCAAUAGAGUUAUUUGGAUGUGGAUGUGUGUGUAUUGCUCGAUCUAAGACAUGAACUAAAGAAUAAGCGACUAUGCAACAAGUGCAAGGAGGUGUACGGAUGAGGAUCAGGAAAUUGAAUUUUUCACAAGGGAGUAAAGAAGGAUUUGGAUGCCAAGGCUAAAUGGCUAAUGACACUAUGGCACCUUAAAUUGCUAAUUUAAUAACGCAAAUUAUAUGCUACUCCUGGAGUACCAUGAGUACCAUGUGCAUGACUGCAUGGUACUCCAGAUUUAUAAAAUUUAUGUUAUUUUAAUAUGAACUUCUUGUUAUUUCAAUUUAUAUAUGUGUUAUUUUAUAUUGUAUGUUUUUUUUCAACAUUGAUCCUUUCGCUGUACUCAGAUUUAUAAAAUUCAUGUUAUUUUGAUGUGAACUGUUUAUUAUUUC